AUGAGCUGGUGGUGGAGGCGCGCGAUCGGCGCGGCCCAGCCGCAGACGCAGCCGCAGGACGAGCAAGCCGCCGCCGCGCCCGACGGGCACUUCCGGAGCGUGGCGCUCGUCGUCGGCGCCACCGGCAUAGUGGGGAGCUCCCUCGUCGGCAUCCUCCCGCUCCCGGACACGCCCGGCGGGCCGUGGAAGGUGUACGCGCUCUCCCGCCGCCCGCUCCCGCCCUGGGCCGCCUCCGCCGACCAGCCGGCCUCUGCCGUCACGCACCUGCAGGUCGACCUCGGCGACUCCUCCGCCGUCGCGGAGGCCCUGGCGCCGCUCACCGACAUCACCCACGUCUUCUACGCCGCGCUGUCCCCGCACAUGAUCGAGGCGCGGAACCGGAGGGCCAACCCGGCCAUGCUCCGCAACGUCCUCUCGGUGGUCGUUCCCAACUGCCCUGCACUCGCCCACGUCUGCCUCCAGACCGGGACCAAGCACUACACCGGCCCGCCGGAGGCGAUCGCCUGCCGCAUCGUCGGCGGCAUCAUCCGCGGCAUCUUCGGCGGCGGCGCGGCGGCAGCCCAGCCCCUGAGUCCACCCUACACCGAGGACAUGCCGCGGCUCGGCUGGCGCAACUUCUACUACGAUCAGGAGGACGUCCUCUUGGACGCCGUCUCCCAGCGCGGCGGCGGCGGCAUCAGCUGGUCGGUGCACCGUCCCAACCUCAUCCUCGGCUUCUCGCCCCGGAGCGCCAUGAACAUCGUGUGCAGCCUGUGCGUGUACGCCGCCAUCUGCCUCAAGGAGGGCGUCCCGCUGCGGUGGCCGGGCUCUCGAGGCGCGUGGGAGGGGUUCAGCACCGCCUCCGACGCCGACCUCGUCGCCGAGCAGCAGAUCUGGGCGGCCGUGGACCCCACGGGCAUGGCCAAGAACCAGGCGUUCAACUGCAGCAACGGCGACAUCUUCAAGUGGGAGCAGCUGUGGCCGAUCCUCGCCGACCGGUUCGGGCUGGAGUGGGUUGGUUACAGGGGGGAGAAGAAGCGCGUCAAGCUCGCGCUGGCCAUGCCCCGGAAGGCCGCCGUGUGGGCGGAGAUCGUCGAGGAGAACCAGCUUGUGGCGACGCAGCUCCACGAGGUGGCCAACUGGUGGUUCGUCGAUGGAUUGUUCUAUGCCAACUGGGAGUUCCUGGACAGCAUGAACAAGAGCAAGGAGCACGGCUUCCUCGGCUUCCGGAACACCGCCAAGUCCUUCAAUACUUGGAUCGACAAGAUGAAGGCCUGCAAGAUUGUUCCCUGA